AUCAAUCCAGCAUGAUGCGCUCCAUCUCUGCGGCUGCCUUUUUUCUCUUGCUUGGCUUCUCAACAUGUUACAGGCUGCCUUUGUCAGAUGAGGAUGACAGUGAUGAGUUCACACAGGGAGAUUUUGCAUUUGCAGAGCGCUACCUAAAGGCUCAUUACAAUCUCCAGUCCAAUCCUUCGGGCCUACUGAAGAAGUCGGCCAAUUCAAUGGCAUCCAAGCUUCGAGAAAUGCAAGCAUUUUUUGGACUGGAAGUGACAGGCAAGCUUGAUGAAGAAACUUUUGAGCUUAUGCAAGAACCAAGGUGUGGUGUCCCUGAUGUGGGGGAAUACAAUUUUUUCCCUCGAAACGUGAAGUGGUCAAACAAUAAUUUAACAUACAGGAUUGUAAAUUACACCCCAGAUCUGACAAAGGCGGAAGUGGACAGAGCGUUCAGGAAAGCUUUCAAAGUGUGGUCUGACGUGACGCCCCUCAACUUCACCAGAAUCCGCAGCGGGACUGCAGACAUCAUGAUCUCCUUUGGAAGCAGAGAGCACGGUGACUUCUAUCCCUUUGAUGGACCUUCUGGACUGCUGGCUCACGCUUUUCCUCCAGGCCCCAAAUUUGGAGGAGAUGCUCAUUUUGAUGAGGAUGAACUCUGGUCAACUGAUUCUAAAGGCUACAACCUGUUCCUUGUCGCUGCCCAUGAAUUGGGUCAUUCCUUGGGACUUGAGCAUUCCAGAGACCCAGGAGCUCUGAUGUACCCUGUCUACACAUACACAGGCAACACUGGCUUCAUACUCCCAGAUGAUGAUGUACAAGGCAUCCAGACCCUCUAUGGUAAAGGAGAAUAUGAUCCGCAUCCUGAUCACCCCAAAACUCCUGAGAAAUGUGAUGCAAAUUUGGCCCUUGAUGCAAUAACAGAACUUCGAGGUGAAACCCUGAUAUUCAAGGACAGGUUCUUGUGGCGCCAACAUCCUCAGAUGGUUGAAACAGAAUUGAUACAAAUUAAAUCAUUUUGGCCAGAAAUGCCACCCAAGAUCGAUGCUGCCUAUGAGCACCCUACCGAUGACCAUGUGCUGCUUUUUAGGGGAAAGAAAUUCUGGGCUCUGAAGGGAUACGACAUAGUAGAAGGCUAUCCCAAAAAACUUUAUGAAUUGGGAUUCCCAAGAACUGUGAAGACAAUAGAUGCAGCAGUCCAUAUCAGUGACACCGGCAAAACUCUCUUUUUCACUGGAGAAACAUACUGGAGGUAUGAUGAACAAAGUCAAGUUAUGGACAAAGGCUAUCCUAGAAUCAUAGAGGAUGACUUUCCAGGGAUUGGUAACCGAGUAGAUGCAGCCUACCAGAAAAAUGGUUAUAUAUACUUUUUCAAUGGAGCACUGCAGUUUGAAUACAGCAUCUGGAGUGAACGAAUUGUUCGAAUCAUGAAAACCAACUCCAUUUUCUACUGCUGAUUGCAUUCGGCCAGGUUCUGAAUUGUGGAACACUGCCAUCCUUAAAGAAGAGUACUGGGAGAAUAGGAUAUUAUCUUUUUUUAACAAAACAACAAUCCAGAAGCUUGAUUCUGUGAAUAAGCUCUGGUAAUUUGGCUAUGUAAUGUAUACUGUAUAUGUGGGAUUGUAUAGUACUAUGCACAUCAGUCUGGAACUGAAUUAAAUUAAAAAAGGAAAGAAUAAACAUAAGCUUUUUUAAAAGGGGUAUUACAGUAUUUAAAAGUCAAAAGAAGUCAGUUUUCUUAUCGAGUGCUAAAAGGGAGCAAUUAUCUCUCGGUGAUAGUAGACCUCCAAGUUGUUGAAAGUUAGGCCAGGUUCACACAUGCAAGAGAGUGUGGUGAUAGGACUGGCUGAGAUGGUAUGAUGGACUGUGCCACUAAAGAUUAUGGGAAGUGUGGAAAUAAAACACUUUUAAAGAAAAUGGGGCCUAACAGGCAAUGGUGGUUUUCCAAUUGAAAAGAGGUUUUAGCGUUGGGGGAUAUUCCAAAACAUGAUCUUCCACAUUCAUUCUGACCAUUCUACCACUUCAGCACCUGCCACCUCAUUCUGCUUAUUGGGUAUCAAGCUUCAAGCAGCCAAUAGGAAGAAAAAUGUAUGCGAAGGCCUUAGUUAUCUCAGCUGGAAACCAAAUGCAGUGGCAAAGGCCCCCUCCGCACAUGCAGAAUAAUGCACUUUCAAUCCACUUUCACAACUGUUUGCAAUUGGAUAUUGCUGUUCUGCACAGUAAAAUCCAGCUGCAAAGUGCAUUGAUUGAAAGUGCAUUAUUCUGCAUGUGCAGAAGGUACCAAAGUGUUGAGCAUUUUCCUCUGUAAAGCAUGUCUGUAGUUAAAGGGCCUUUCCCCACUCUCUUUGA